AUGACCGUCGCAGUCGACUCCGGCUCAACGUCGGCCACCAUGGCUGCAGCUUCCGUUUCGGACGACAGCGCCGCGUCCAACGGCGCGAUAGAGCCGCCUGAUUCCGUGCAAGCCGUAUCUGCAGGUCUGUGCAGCCUUGCCAUCUCCAGCGCCCACACCUCUCCGUCCAAACCUCGACACUCUGCGUCAAGUCCAGCACCGGCGCCUGCCCUGGGCGCCUCGUAUCCACCCCCCACUUCCGCUUCCGCAUCUCGGCUCGCCGACCGUCUCCACCACCCUUCCUCUGGUCAUCACCCAACCGGCAGCUCCUACUCCACCAGCCCCGCCAGUCGACAUGGCCGCCACUUUGCCAUGACCAACUCGGCAUCCGUCGACUCCAACCUCAGUUACGACGGUCUUUAUCCCGUGCCCGCGAGUCCGAGCAUGAGCGAGGCGCUCACCGACAGCCCGGGCAGCGUCUCCAGCAUCAACAGCUUCCGACGUGGCGACCUUGCAGACAUCGAGGACCUCGACCUCGAGCCCGAGCUCGAGACCGUGAGCGAGUGCGACGAGGAGUCGAGCAGCCUCUGCUCGCUUGACAUUGGUGUCGACCUCGACUCGGAUUCGGAGCGCGCAAGCUCUCACGGCGGCGACGCCGAGUCCCUGUCCAACGCCGGCUUCCCGCUCGGCCUCGCCUCGUCCCAUUCCGCCCGCCAUACGCCGCAUCGACCCGCCUCGCACGGCACGGCCGCCUCCGACUACGCGCGUCGCAAGCGCAGCGAGUGGCUCCUCCACAACUACGCCAACAAGAUCGCCGCUCGCCGUCCCCGCCGCAUCAAGAAGGGCCGCAUCACCGAGAUCGUCGAAGAGGGCGGCGAGUGCAUCAACACCACCGUCAUGCCCAAGCAGUCUCUCGCUUCCAGCCCUUCAGACUGGUCUUGCGAUGUUUCAGGCCCUCCGCUUGCCCCUCCACGCAGUGUCAGCCCUUCCGAUACCGUCCCCGCUGUCCCUUCUCCGCUCUGCUCGUGCGUUAGCGCAGAUGCCAACCCGGCUCCGACGGGCCUCGAAGCGAGUGUCGAGACCAUCAAGUCGGACCCCACUGCAACACAUCUGGCCCUACCGGCAGCGGAGGGCGCUGCUGCACAUGCAUCGGCGAUGCCUCCCUUUGCCGAAGGGCGUUUGGCACCUUCGAGUGUCGAUCAGAUCGACGACGGUUCGAUCGAGACCGCCUCACAAGCGUCGCCGCCGCGUCUUUCCCGCACCUCCAGCCGACGCAACUCUUCGCCUGUCAAGCUUCGGCCCUGCUUCCGCCGGCAGCCCUCACAACAGUCGGCUGCCUCGACGCGCGAGUCGUCGUGCGAGCGCGACCCACCUCGCGGUCGCUCCGUGCGUUUCAGCAGCAGGCCGCCGCAGGAGCUGCGCACACACAGCCCCGUCGAGUACGACCGCAAGAGCUGCCCCGUCAACAAUCGACUCAGCCCGGCGGACGUGGAGGAGCUGCGCACCAUGAAGAUGGAGAUGGGCCUCUUGGAGGCAAGAUGGGCUGCCGUCGCCGCUUGCAAGCCCAAGAAGGUCGCAGGCACCGAAGGCACCACCAAGCCCGAAAACUACAACGCCUACAACGCCGGCAUCGCUGCCAUGAGCGCUUCGCGCGAGCGCACCCCAGCUUGCGGCGCCGAGUCCGAUUCGACGCUUGGACCUGGCUCGCUCGGAAGCGCGGCGGCUCGCUUGCGCCAGCAGAAGGAGCGAGAGCGUCUACAGGAGCGUCAACGCAAUCUGCCUCACUACCUACGCAAUCGCUCCAGCACGGUCUCGAGCCCCGCCGAGUCGCUCUCGUCCGAGGCAUUAUCCAUCCGCAGCAAGUUUGGCCACGCGCCUCCGCCCCCGCUGCCAGGCACGCCGGCUGCUCGCGCCGCAUCCAUGUCGCCGAGUCGCUCGACCUCGGUACCUCCCGGCCAGCGUCUGGGCUUGGAGCCCGGUUCGGCUCCGCGUCGUCUCAGCUGCCAGUCGAUUCCCAGCUCGCAUCGCCCCGAAAUUCCCGUGCUCACGCAGACCAGCCCUUCGCCGCCACUGUCACCACUGCAUCCGCGCACCAACUUUGAUGCUGCACAGGCCGAUGCAUCGAAAGCAGCUGAUCGAUCGGAAUCGCGGCGGCUCUCGGCCACGUCGCUGCCGGAACGCGGCAGGUCGACUUUGUGUGCCACGCCAGGAUCGGCUUCGCCGUGGUCGAAUGGACCGGCCUCGGCCACCUCGUCGAUCUUUUCGAGCACGUACUUUCCCAGCGCGCCGCCCACGCCUUGCGCCAGCUAUCCCGGUGGCAAUGGCUACGACAGCCCCGCCUCGGAGUUCUACGAAAGUGGCAGCGAAUACGACAUGGUGUGCUGA